GGGAGCGGUCCUGCGCCCUCGCCCCGCAGCUGCCUGGCGGCCCAGUGUUCCUGGGCGGCCGCCAGCCUGACACCGGAUCGGACUGACAAGUUCACAUGAUUCUGCCUCAGCCCGGGGACCAGCGGCCUCCGGCUGGGGUUUUCUAGACGGAGCUGGGAGGCGCGGUCUGCGGGAGAUCGCCGGAGGGGGAGCGUGCGUCCCUCCCGCCUGGGGGGUUUGCCAGCCAGGCAAGGUGCUUCUCAGCUCCUCCCUCGGGCCUCCCGGGAGCCACCGGAGGAAGCUGAGCUGUUUGAGGUUUGAGGGCAGAGCUCAGCCCUGAAGCAGAGGCACAGAGGCCCCGGGAUUCCCUCUGGGACAACUCCCUUUCACUGCCGCUGUCUGCCUGCUCCUCGCUGGCUGACAGACCAUCCCCAUCCUGGGUUCCGGAGGCUGAGGAGGUGGGGGUCAUCCCAAAUAGGACCAUGGCCCGUUAGAGGGCCAGGAAGUCAGUUCGGUAGCUCAGGACCUGCCUCCGGAAAAACAAAAUAGGAUAGCCGUGAUCGGAGUGCGUCGCAGACGGUGGGAGGCUCACUCACCACCAAGGGGGCCCAGCCUCUGACCCAGCUUGAACCACAUCCUGUGAACAGCAUGGCGGCAGAGAGACGGGCCCACCCCCUGCGCCCAUGACGGGGGAGCCCCUUCUGGCCCAAAGAUGGGGAACAUCACCACGAACAGCUCCUCCAUGAACUGCACCAUCGACCACACCAUCCACCAGACGCUGGCCCCGGUGGUCUACGUCACGGUGCUGGUGGUGGGCUUCCCGGCCAACUGCCUGUCUCUCUACUUCGGCUACCUGCAGAUCAAGGCCCGCAACGAGCUGGGCGUGUACCUCUGCAACCUGACGGUGGCCGACCUCCUCUACAUCUGCUCGCUGCCCUUCUGGCUGCAGUACGUGCUGCAGCACGACAACUGGCUGUACGGCGACCUGUCCUGCCAGGUGUGCGGCAUCCUCCUCUACGAGAACAUCUACAUCAGCGUGGGCUUCCUCUGCUGCAUCUCCAUCGACCGCUACCUGGCCGUGGCCCACCCCUUCCGCUUCCACCAGUUCCGCACCCUGAAGGCGGCCGUCGGCGUCAGCGUGGUCAUCUGGGCCAAGGAGCUGCUGGCCAGCGUCUACUUCCUGCUGCACAAGGAGGUGGUGGAGGACGGGAACCAGCACCGCGUCUGCUUCGAGCACUACCCGCUGCAGCCAUGGCAACGCGGCAUCAACUACUACCGCUUCCUGGUGGGCUUCCUCUUCCCGCUCUGCCUGCUGCUGGCCGCCUACCGGGGCAUCCUGCGGGCCGUGCACCGCAGCCACGGCACGCAGAAGAGCCGCAAGGACCAGAUCCAGCGGCUGGUGCUCAGCACCAUGGUCAUCUUCCUGGCCUGCUUCCUGCCCUACCACGUGCUGCUGCUCGUGCGCAGCCUCUGGGAGUCCAGCUGCCAGUUCGCCAGGGGCGUCUUCAACGCCUACCACUUCUCCCUGCUCCUCACCAGCUUCAACUGCGUGGCCGACCCGGUGCUGUACUGCUUCGUCAGCGAGACCACCCACCGGGACCUGGCUCGCCUCCGUGCGGCCUGCUGGGCCUUCCUCACCUGCUCCAGGACCGGCGGGCCCAGGGAGGCCUACCCUCUGGGUGCCCCCGAGGCCUCCACGGGGAAGAACGAGGAGCCCGAGUUGUUACGGAAGCUCCACUCCACCUUCCAGACUCCCACCUCACCUGGAGGGGCGGGGUCACCCACAGCCAGGCUGGCCUAGCCAGAGUCCUCCGUGUGUGGGGUGCGUGAGGCCUGAGCUUGCUGGCCGGCCGCCCCCCCACUUUCUGCUGGAGGGAACGAUGGGGUGAGGUCACCGAACCCUGGACCUGGGCUGCAGCAAGGCCUCUCUGGCGCCAGGGGGCCUGCUGGAGCUCGCUGAGCCAGCCGGGGUGCGCCCCGUCAGCUCAGGGGUGUCUUCCGUUGCAGCUGGGCCGCUGGCAGGAGGCAGGCAGUGAACUGUCAGCUCCGGAAGGUUUGCAAAGGGAAGCUGGGGUGGGGGUGCAGAGUUCGAGGGACGCUGGGACAUGGGGGUGGGUACCUGGGCGUGCACCUGCCAGGGCCUUCCAGUGCCACUGCUGUCACAGAUGACACCUGCCCGAACACACGAGUGGUGCAUCCGAGGAGGUGACACAAAGCUGUGUGGUCAUGGUCAACCAUGGACCCCCCCACAGAAGGGGGCAGAAGGGAGAGGUGUGGGGCCAGGAGGCUGGGCAGGAGGAGGAGUGGGAGGGGGCAUCUGGGGCACUGGCAGUGUGCAUGGGGGGCCGGGGGUAGUGUUGGGCGGAGGAGAGACCCCGUACACAACUUCGCAGGGAGAGCCGAGCAGCCUCCCCAAGCUCCGGGGCGGGUGGAAAGCCAGUCUCAGGGCUCCCAGGGCUCCCGGGGGCGAUGCCUGUGGCCCUUUAAAAAGUCGGCUCAGAAGCACAGAUGUUGGGACAGGGGCCCCAAGACAUGUGUUCGGGUGAGCACCCCUCACAGACUCCUGACGGGGUCUGUCUCUGCCCUCCAGACCCUGGAGCCUGGGAGUGUGUGUGUGUGUCCCUGUGUUCCAAGUGCCAGGGUCUCCGUGACAGCUGCGUGCCGAGACACUGAGGCCAGGGUCGUGGGACUACUGGCAGUGUCCCCCAACCCCACCAGCCUCUGCCUCCACCCCCUGCCACACCCACAGAGGGGCACAACAUUCUCCCCAAGUUCUCAGACGCAACGAAACACAUAAAAUAGAGAUGCGUUCUCUGGCACCUCUCAGCCCAAGCUCCCCUGCAGCUUAAACAGCCGCUGUACAGAGGAGGGGCCCUGGGCUCACCUUGCCCCCUGGUUCUCCCACACGGCCCCUCUGCCAGACAUCCUACCGCACCCACCUGGAGAGGGGUGGUGGCCCGUGGGCUGCAUGGAGCCUGGGGCACUGACCGCGGUCUUCUGUCCUGGCCCGGAAGGCUGGGCACCGGGUCAGCUCUCCUGCAGCUUGGUGCUGACCAUGGUGAGCCCCUGCCCUGGGGAUCGUACCAAGGACCAGAAGAGCUUAUAGCUGCCCCAGGGACCUGCCCACCUUCACAGACAUGCCAGCCCUCCAGACGUCCUGGCUGACACACUGGGGCCAGUGCCCACCUCCCUGGAGUCUGACUCCCUCACAGAGCCUGGGGCGGGACCCGGGAUGGGGAGAUAGAUAGAAGCUGGCAUCGGCAGAAUGAUUCUGGAAUCUGCUAAGGGGAGGGCCAGGAGCACAUCUUCCGUCUUUCUUCCCCUCCCUGUGCCCUGCCCGUCAGAGAGCCCAGAGAACACCGCCUAAAGGCGGAGAGCCCAGGCUGGGCCGCCCCGAAGUGGGGUGCCAGGGCUACACGUGGCUUUGACUGGGCAGCACCCGCCCCAGCCCCUUAUGGUGGGUCUCCCAUGACCCGAGGAGGCUCUCUCCCCUUCCCCGAAGGAGAAAGAGGCCAGGUCCGAAGGUGGCUGAAAUGGCCACACAACCAAGAACCCCCCUCCCCGCCCAGCCCGCCCAGCACCCCCAGCCCAGGCUCUUCCUGGGGCAGCAGCACUGGUCAAGUGCUCCACGCCCCCUCCCUCCAGACAUCCCCCUGGUCUGACCAUCAACACCGGCGACCCCACCGGGCCGGACUGCAGGAGCUGAGGGCGGCUCCGCUGACUAUCAAGAGUUGUAUUUUCGUAUUGUCCUUUUAUGCCGAGUGUGCGUGUGUGUCGGACUGCGUGAUGGAUUUGUGUAGCAAACUCGAGCCUGCAAAUAAAGUUCCCAGCUGCA